AUGCGGGCGGGUUAUAAUAUACUUUUUAGAAUACCCACGGACGAAGCUAGUUUAUUAGUACUUCUAACUGAGACUAGAAUAAGAGUAGUGGCCCCGCUGUCGUUAGAAGACAAGAAAUACUUCCACCCGACGCAGUGGGAGCGAGUGCCGGGGCGUGAGACAGCCUGGCGCCUCAAGCCCAACUCCUACCUCUGGCUCCCCGCUGCCGAACUGCCCUUCCCCAACAACUACUUCAAGAACCACUUCGCCCUCCUCCUCUCCCUCAGGAUAGACCCAAAGGUAAGCUCGAUGUAUAACUUCACCCACUCUGGAUAA